ACAAACCAAAAAAACAUAGGCAAUGAAAGUUUCAAGUGGGUUAUUCACAACUGGUCUUAUUGUAUCAUGGUACUCCACAAAUAUUGGAGUUUUAUUACUAAACAAAUAUUUGCUUAGUAACUAUGGAUUUAAGUACCCAAUUUUCCUCACUUUGUGUCACAUGUUGGCGUGUUCUUUGUUGAGCUUUGUUGCUGUUUAUUGGCUCAAAGUCACGACAUUGCAAAUCAUAAAGUCUCCAAUGCAGUUCUUCAAGAUAUGUGCUCUUGGACUUAUUUUUUGCUUAUCUGUUGUGGGUGGCAACAUCUCCUUGAAGUACCUUCCUGUGUCGUUUAAUCAGGCCGUGGGAGCCACCACACCAUUUUUCACAGCGGUUUUUGCUUGUUUGAUGACUUUCAAGAGAGAGGCGUGGCUUACUUAUGUCACUCUCAUCCCUGUUGUUGCUGGUGUUAUUAUUGCCACUGGAGGAGAACCAAGUUUUCAUCUAUUUGGAUUUAUAAUGUGCCUUGGUGCCACAGCAGCUCGGGCACUGAAGUCAGUUCUGCAAGGGAUUUUGCUUUCUUCUGAAGGCGAAAAGCUUAAUUCUAUGAACCUCCUCAUGUACAUGGCUCCAUUAGCGUUUCUGUUCCUUCUUCCUGUAGCACUCAUAGUAGAAGAAGAUGUAAUUGGGAUCACAAUUACACUUGCUAGACAAGAUUUGAAGUUCUUAUGCUAUCUGAUCUUCAAUUCAGCACUAGCAUAUUUUGUGAAUUUGACCAAUUUUUUGGUCACCAAGCACACUAGUGCCUUGACCCUUCAGGUUUUGGGAAAUGCAAAAGGAGCUGUUGCAGUGGUUGUGUCAAUAUUGAUAUUCAGAAAUCCAGUGUCGGUCACAGGGAUGCUCGGCUAUACUAUCACAGUCGUUGGGGUCAUUCUCUACAGUGAAGCCAAGAGAAGGAGUAUAUCAUGGAUCAAUUUAGAUCAUUGUGCAAAGUGAUCCUUAUUCCGGGGAUGGGAAGCAACAAGAUUCUGGACCAAGGUUGCAGGAAAUUUUGGUUUCAUUCAUUGUAUUAAUUCUUUCAUGGGGUUUAUUCAUCCAAGAUGAUCUGCUUGUUAACUGCUAUAAGCUCAGAUUCGCUGUUUAAACUAAAGAAUGG